AUGGAUGAAAUCAAACGGAUUAAAAAGUCUUUACAUCUGCUACUGCUGCUGAUUCCGUUUACAGUGCUCGCUGCCCAAGAUUCUUACAUCAUCGUCAGAGCUGGAGCUGAAGUCACUUUGCCUUGUGACAGUGUGACAGAUGAUCAUGUGAACUGUGGAGCUACUGACUGGUCCUUCACUUAUUCAGUGUGGACUGGAGAAGUAAAUCUGUUUGUAAACAGGCAGCUCGACACAUCUGAGAUUUCCAAAUCUAAAGCAGACAGACUACGUCUUGCUGCAAACUGUUCUCUGGUCAUUAGGGAGGUCACAGCUGAAGAUGCUGGUAAAUACAAAUGCAGACAGUUUGACCUGACAACACAAACACAUGAAGAUCAUCUGUUUUUUAUCUCUGUUGUCAACGUAUCUCGAUCAUCACCAGUGACUGAGCACAACAGAACUGAUGAGGUGUUGUUGAGCUGCUUUUUGACACCAUCUAUAAUCUGCACUGGAGUGAAGUGGCUGUAUAUGAAUUUAGAUGUGACUAAAAACAACACAGACCUGAAGACAUCACAGUCUCACUGCUCGGCCAAUGUGAGCUUCUCAAAAGAUAAGAUAAAGAACUAUAGCUUAUUAACAUGUAAAGUGGGGGUUAUUUACAAUGAGGGAACGUUUUCCUUCAUCCCUCCGUCAUCAGCUGCAGGAAACAAUGAGAUGACAACAGAUUGGUGGUGGUACAUUCGUCUGGUUGUGGGUUUUGCCGCAAUCGUAAUAUUGGUUGUGAUUCUCAUCAGAUGGAGAAGAAACAAGAUCCAGGGUGGUGAUGCUGCAGUGGCCUUCAGCACUGUGGAUGCUCCCUCCUCUUCUACCGGACCCUCAGCGGAUCCCAGCAGCCUCUACGCCAACGUCACAUUCAUACAAUAGAAGAGUCUCAUGAAUCAUUUUCUACAACUUUCUGGUGUGAAAAUAAAGUCACUCGUAAUAGUGUGAUUCUCAUUAGAUAGAAUAUAAACAAAGGCAGGAACAUUCCCAGAGGAAACUUUGAUUUAGUUUAAGUUAAACCACUGCCAAGGCCCAACAGUCUGUAAAGUUUUAUAUAAAAAGUCACUUUUAUCGUGUGGACUGGAUUUAACCAGUUUUCUGCCAUUUUAUUGAUUCUUGAAGUUUGUCGUCCAAACCCUGGAAUAUUUUAUACUGUAUCUUCAUGUUCUUCUGAUCCAGCUGUUAUUCUUAUACAUUAGAAUGGUGACGUGUUAUUUGUAAGAAAAUUGUAGUUUCUUGUUUCUUCCUGUUCUGGGUUUGUACCGUCAUGGUUGAUGCACUUAUUGUAAGACACUUUGGAUAAAAGCGUCAGCUAACUGAAAUGUAAGGAAAUGUAAUGUAUGAUGAUAUGAUAUGAAUGAUGUUCUAUGCAAUGUUUAAGUAAUAAUAAUAAUCAUAAAAUGUUACAUCUUCAUAUAGAUACCGUACGUUUAGCUGAAUGAACCGGCUGUCAUAGACAUGUUAGUGUUUCAUGCUGAGAUGUAGAUACUGCAGGUUGAUACUUCCAGGUUUGAGUUGAGUGACUUUUUUUAAUGAUGUUGAUUGACAUGUAACAAUAUGAACCUUCCCCACCUCAGUCAAUAUCAGUAUUCAUAACAAUAUUUAGUUCUUUUAUUAAAAGGGAUGUCCUGCAGGUUCCACAUCUCUGAGCCUGUGUGUGUUUUAUUGUGACAGAUGUUUGCAGCGUUCGCCUCGGCCCCCCCACUAAUGCUCAGGACUCAGGCCUCUUGCUGCUCCGUGCAUCUCUCUGCUCUGC